AUGGGCACGACGGUCCUUCUAGUUCUGGACGUCCAAAACGGCGUGGUCGAUCUAGCCGGCAGCAUCUUACCCGAUAACUACCUCGACCGCCUGGCUCAUACCAUCAACGCCGCACGCCAGGCCGAUCUCAGAGUCAUUUACGUAUCUGUGGCAUUCAGACCAGGCUACCCAGAAAAAUCAGAUCGCAAUUCGUCAACCAGCAGAGUCAAGGCGCGGGGAGAUUUCAUCGAAGGGUCUGAGUCUACGCAGAUCCAUCCUGCUGUGGCAAUGUGUGAGGGUGACAUUCACAUCACCAAACGACGAGUAUCUGCCUUUCACGGGACAGAACUCGACCUUGUCCUUCGCAGCCUCGAUGCCGAGACGCUGGUGAUCACCGGACUGGUCUCAAGCGGCGCCGUCCUCUCAACUGUGCGGCAGGCUGCAGAUUUGGAUUACAGACAGAUUGUCCUGGAGGACCUUUGUGCAGAUAGUUUCCCAGAGGUACAUGAGAUCCUGGUCAAGAAGGUCUUCUCUAAGCAGGCGCGAGUUAUGUCCUCCGCAGAAUGGGUUGCUGAGAUCGAGAAGAAAUGA